UCUAAGCAGGAGUGGAUCACCGAGGAGGAAGAAAAAUGAAGACUCACUAUAAGUUCUGUAUUGUAAUUGGCCUGAUGAUGACCGUAAAUUCAAGUCCAAUAUCACGAGGAGUUGAGGAAGAUGAUGCUUUUGUAGAGAGUUACUUGAAGAAAUUCUACAACCUGACUGAGCAGACUGGGACUGCUUCCCACGGGAGGUUUAGUCAGAUGAGUCUCAAAAUAGCAGAGAUGCAGAAGUUUUUUGGACUUACAGUCACAGGUACUAUGGACUCGGAGACACUAAACGUGAUGAAGAAGCCUCGCUGUGGAGUUCCAGAUGUUGCUCAGUACUCUACGUUUCGUGAGGGUCUCAAAUGGAAGACCAAUGAGCUGACAUACAGGAUUGAGAACUACACUCCUGACAUGACUGCGGCUGAAGUGGACGACUCCAUCCACAGAGCAUUGCAAGUCUGGGCUCGUGUCACUCCUCUGAGGUUCACCCGCAUCCACAGCGGCCCAGCCCACAUCAUGAUCUCCUUUGGUAGAGGAUACCACGGUGAUUUCUUCCCGUUUGAUGGGCCACAUGGCACUCUGGCUCACGCUUUUGCUCCAUCUGCUGGCAUUGGAGGAGAUGCACACUUUGAUGAUGAUGAAUAUUUCACCUUCCGUUCAACUAAUGGCUACAUUCUGUUCCUGGUGGCUGCUCAUGAGUUUGGCCACUCGCUGGGUCUGUCUCACUCCAGUGACUCGGAUGCCCUCAUGUAUCCUACGUACAGCUAUAGAGAUCCAAAUUCAUUUAUUCUGUCCAAAGAUGAUGUCAGUGGAAUUCAUUCUCUCUAUGGCUCAAACACCAGGCUCAAACGCCCUCACAAGCCUGACCUCAAACCUCCAGUCACCUGUGACCCUAAUCUAGUCCUUGAUGCUGUUACUACAUUACGAGGAGAGAGGUUCUUCUUCAAGAAUAGCUUCUUCUGGCGUGUUUCCACGGCCUACAAGACUGGACCACAUCUGAUCCAGAGUUUCUGGCCUGAUGCUCCAGAUUAUAUUGAUGCUGCUUAUGAGAAUACAGCACAAGACCAACUAUUCUUCUUCAAAGGUCAGAAGGUUUGGGUGUUCAAGGCUACUGACAUUGUGCAGGGGUAUCCUAAGAGCCUCAGCAGUGUGGGGCUUCCCUCUACAGUGAAGAAAAUCAGUGCUGCCCUUUAUGAUCCUGACACUGGAAAGACCCUGUUCUUUGUUGACAACAAAUACUACAGUUAUGAUGAAAAAAGGAAAGUGAUGGACAAGGGUUCCCCUAAACUGGUGGGAAAGAGAUUCCCAGGAGUUACUGGAAAAAUUACUGCAGCUUUCCAGUACAGGGGUUUUACCUACCUCUUCAGUGGAACACGCAUGUUUGAGUACAGCAACUCAAGCAAGAAAGUCUUACGUGAGCUUAAUAAUAAUUACUUCUUGCCGUGCUAAUUGUUCCCAUCUGUGUACCACUGAGAUAGUGGCAUGGCAAAAUAUAAAUAGCAAAUACAGUAUGGUCCAUUACAUUUACCAUGUUUAUUGAUAAUAUUUUAUUUGUAUGCACUUUGUAAAAUCUUAUUGUUGUACUGUGUGUUUUGUAAAUGUAGCUUGUCUAAAUUAUUAUUAUUAUUAUUUCUGUUGCUAUUGUUAUUUAUUUAUUGUUAUAUAGCUGCCUUGCUAGUUAUGCAAAAUUGUAAGAUUUUUUGUUCAUUACUGAAGUUAUUUAUAGUUAGGUAACUAAUGUUACCUAGAUCUUUUCUUGAUAGCUUUGGCAAUUUUUAGUCUAAAUAUUUUGCUGUAAAAAUACAAAGGUUUUUCAUUAUAUGGCAAUGCCAAAACUAAAAACCUUUUAUCUUAAUCUACUAGAAAUCUAUCUUGUAUUGAUUAAUACCUGAAAUUAUUACUUUUUCUUUUUGAAUCAGUUGCACCAUUUUGUAAGUAGAGUACUUAUGAGCAGUAAUAACUAUUUUAUUAAAGCUUUCUACCGCA